AGACGCAGUCAACUUCCUCCCCCACAUUAACUGCCUACCUCCCCCCUCUCCCCACGUCUCCGACAAAUCUGCACCCUUUGAUUAGAUCUCCACCUCCUAUUCAUAUAUAACCCCCUCACUACUCUUCCUUUUCUUCUUCUGCAGUGUUUAAUAAUCAUUUUUCUUCUCACUUUCUGCCCAUCCAAACAGCUAAGCUAAGCUAAGCUACCUACGAUCAAUCAUGGCCAAAAUAAAGAUUGGAAUCAACGGGUUUGGAAGGAUCGGACGGUUGGUGGCGAGAGUUGCUCUGCAGAGGGAUGAUGUUGAACUGGUUGCUGUCAAUGAUCCAUUUAUCACCACUGAUUACAUGACAUACAUGUUUAAGUAUGACACUGUUCAUGGGCAAUGGAAGCAUCAUGACAUAAAAGUGAAGGAUGACAAAACCCUUCUCUUUGGUGAUUCUUCUGUCACUGUGUUUGGCUAUAGGAACCCAGAGGAGAUCCCAUGGGGCGAGACUGGAGCCGAUUAUGUCGUCGAGUCCACCGGAGUCUUCACCGAUAAGGACAAGGCAGCUGCUCACUUGAAGGGAGGUGCAAAGAAAGUAAUCAUAUCUGCACCAAGCAAGGAUGCUCCAAUGUUUGUGGUUGGAGUGAAUGAGAAGGAAUACAGUGGAGACAUUGAUGUGGUUUCCAAUGCUAGCUGCACCACCAACUGCCUUGCUCCAUUGGCUAAGGUUAUCCAUGACAGAUUUGGCAUUGUUGAGGGUCUGAUGACCACUGUCCAUUCCAUAACUGCCACACAGAAGACUGUGGAUGGACCGUCGAUGAAGGACUGGAGAGGUGGAAGAGCUGCGUCUUUCAAUAUCAUCCCCAGCAGCACUGGAGCUGCCAAGGCUGUUGGGAAAGUGCUGCCAGCACUGAAUGGGAAGUUAACUGGUAUGGCUUUCCGGGUACCCACAGUUGAUGUUUCAGUGGUUGAUCUCACUGUGAGGCUUGAGAACAAGGCUUCCUACGAUCAGAUUAAAGCUGCUAUCAAGGAGGAAUCUGAGGGUAGCAUGAAGGGCAUUCUUGGUUACACUGAGGAUGAUGUGGUGUCAUCAGACUUCUUGGGUGAUAACAGGUCAAGCAUUUUUGAUGCCAAGGCUGGUAUUGCUUUGAAUGACAACUUUGUGAAGCUGGUCUCUUGGUAUGACAAUGAAUGGGGCUACAGCUCGCGUGUGAUUGAUCUGAUCAGGCACAUGGCCACACAGUAGUGAGCAAUUUGAGGCACUAAAAGCAUGAUUUUGAUUCCUAGCCCUUCGGCUUUGUACUUGGAAUAAUGAAGUUUUGCUGAUGAUAGAUAUUUAUUAUUUAUGAUUUAUCAUUAUAUUAUUACGGACUACAUUUCAUACACAAUGCUAUCUUUGGUUUAUUUUGGGAUUA